AUGGCAUUUCUUAAACGCAAAGUGGAUGCUGAGGGAGUCGAAGAUGGAACUAGUUUAAGAAGAAGCAAUGUCGACAUCAGGGAUUCAGAAACAGAGCAUCGAGAUCUAGAGGGAUGGAAGUCGUUCGCAGAGGACACAACUCUUCACGGUGCCAGGUUUUUCUUCGCAGAUAACUUUUUCAGAAGACUGCUUUGGAUUGCUGCAGUUUUAGGGUGCGCAAUUUUCUGCAACUACCAAGUUUACACUUUUGUAAGACACUUUUAUGAGAGACCUUUUAAUACAAAAAUAACGUUCGACAGAGAUAACGAUGAAAACGCAUUUCCUUUCCCAGCUGUGACUCUAUGUAAUCUUAAUGCACUCAACAAAAGGAAACUCAUAAAGUCACUCACGAAUGUUUACGGCCAAGCGACUGUCGAUAAAAAGCUUCAGGAUAUGUAUCUAAUUAUAAGAAGAUCGAAAGCGGCGUUUACCAAAGAAUUCAAGGAGCGCAAUCCAGAGUUUUUCCAUCGUUCUCAAACUGUCAACGAAACCCAAACGAACUUUUGGAUAGCUGGUGAUGAUAUGGAAGAUAUGCUUUUACCAACCAGCCCAGAAUUCAGUUCUUGCUCAAUCAAUGGCAAACAGUGCAACGCUCAUAACUUCACUAGCUCACUGAGCCCCUUUCAUGGUUUGAAAUGUCAUACCUUCAACUCUGCAGAGGGUGGUAAUCCAUUGUUGAAUACUACCGUCGCUGGUCUUCCAAGUGGCUUGAGGCUUCGACUUAACAUCGAGCGAGACGAAUAUAUUCCAAUUCCAUGGAGGCCUUCGGCUGGAAUUUUGCUUCUCAUACAUGAGCAGAAGACGUUUCUACCUGUGGAAGAGUUUGGCAUUGUUAUUCAACCGGGAAUGUCUAGUCUAUGCGCCAUAAAAAGAAGAAAGAUAAUUAACUUGGAGAAGCCGUAUGCAACAAACUGCAGGAAAGGAUCUCUUAAGUUUGACAGGGACUUUGCUAUUAUUUAUUUGACUAUUAUCAAAGCUUGCGGUUGCACUGUAAUAAAAUUUCAAGCCAAUCGACCAAUCCCAAUUUGUGCAGUGAAUGACUCAAUUCUGUGCGUUUUCCCAUCGUAUGAAAACUUUGGUACUUCCAGUGAGAAGUCUGCCUGCGAAAGGAAGUGUGGCGAGCCAUGCGAAUAUGUGGAGUACAAGACAUCUCUUUCCUACAGUGGACUUCAGAGGGACGCUUUCAUUGAACAACUCAUGUUCUCUCUUAACAACAGUGAGAAAUCUGUUAUGGAACUCGAGAUGUACAAACCCCUUUUGAACAUGACCGAAGAACAGAGGGAGAAGUUUGUAGACGAAAACAUCAUCUCUCUGGAUAUAUAUUUUGAAGACCUGAGUGUUGAGAUCGUUCAGCAAAAACCUGUUUUUGAAACUUGGGCUUUGAUUGGAAACCUGGGUGGUACUUUUGGUCUUUUCCUUGGAAUGAGUUUCCUAACUCUCCUGGAAUUCUUCGAUUUUGUCUUCAGGAGAAUUUUGCACUUGUUCAAAGCAACGAAAAACAAGAAAAGCUUAGCAUCUGACAGAUAAACCAAAAAUGAUGCUGCUAAUUGUCACUAUGA